AUGGAGGAUGCCAAAGUUGGCCUGCAAGCCUCUCUUCUGGUCAGAUCUCCAGAAACUGGCGAGUUAUUUGUGAACUUUGACCCAGAGAUUCUGACGCAGAUCAGAGAGGUGAACUGCAUGACAAAGAUGAAUUUGGCAAUCCCUCCCUUUGCUCUUCUACUGCUGCAAAAACAGGACGUCUUUAAGAAACACUACAAUAGAAUACAGCUGAUGUUGAGCGAGAACACUAGAGUGCAUGCCAAGAUUCAGAGUGUCUUUGAACAGCUGGCCAUGCCACAUGUAGCUAAGGUGGAUGAGGCUAUACAACCGGGUUUGACCUCCCUCAACUGGACAUCUCUGAAUAUUGACAAGUAUCUCGACCGCAUCGACAAAGUGUUGGCUGAUCUUGAGUUGCUGAUGGACAGAGUGAAUGACCUGGUGGAGUUUAGAAUAGAAGCAGUACUGCAGGAGAUGAGCAUAUCCAACCUGUGUGUCCUGCCAGAGGAUGAGCCUGUGACCUGUGAGGAGUUUGUUCAAACCACCAGGGACCUUUGCAUAAGACAAGCCCAGAAAGUGAACAUGAAGAGCUCACUGGUGGAGGAGGCAGCUAAUGAACUGAUCAACAUGCUGCUAGAGUUUGACCACAAUCAGAGAGAGGAGGUGGAGAAGUUUGAGGAAGAAAGCUGCACAGAGAGCAAGACCAUAGACCACAAUGACAGUGAAGGUGAUGACGAGCGUCUCUUCUCCAGAAACACGCUGCUACGUUCUGCUAGUGUUGGUCCUUCUUCUCCGUUGGUGAGGAGGAAGAAGAAGAGGGACUUGAUGGAAGUGAUGGAGCAGGAAGCCCAGGAGCUGCUGUCCUACUUCAACCACCGUAAUGUGGAUGCCUUGCUCAAAGUGACACGCAACACCCUUGAGAUGUUGCGCAAGCGCAUACAUACGUCCUCGCUCAUACACUUCUCUGGUGCUGACCCAACCAGCCAUGGCAAAAGCAGCGAUCACCAUGCAAUCUUCAGAGUAAACAUGACCCUUUCCAUCCCUAACAUUGUCAUGGUUCCAGCUUUGGAGGAGGUUCAACAGGCUCUAAACCGCGCUGUAGAGUGUGUAGUCAGUGUCAGCAAAGGAGUCAGCCAGUGGAGCAAAGAAAGGAUAUCUAAGAGACAAAUGAAUGAAAGGCGAAUGGCAGCACUGAAACAAGACAGCUCUGAGAGCGAAACAGAGGACGGAGCAACAACAUACAGAAGCUUGGCUGCUUCUAUGAUCCAGGCCAUCCCGUUCCAAGCCAGAAAUUACUACAAGAGUGUGUCUGAGAACAAGGAAAUAGCCAAGCUAAUCUCUGUACUUAGCACCUCUAUCACCUCCAGUAAAAAGGAAGUGGUGACCGCUCUACAUCACUUUAGCCGUUACCAUCACAUCUGGAGGAAAGACCGUGAAGAGACCAUGAGGAAAUUUAUCGAGGGGAGUCCCUUGUUAUCGGAGUUUGAGAGCCAGAUUCUUUUCUAUCGAGAUCUAGAGCUGGAAGUAAACUCUGAACCAGAGUAUAUUGCUGUAGGAGCCUUGGCGCUAUUCACAGCACCCUUAAAGAUGUCCCUCUCUGCUGAAAUCAAGAAUUGGAUGGUGGACUACGGACUUUACUGUAACAGGAAAUGUCGCUCAGAGAUGGAGCACAUUUUUGCUUUUGUAGAUGAAGCAGGAAAGAAACUGAAUCGACAGAUCAAAGACCUGGAUGAUAUUCGUAUUGCCAUGGCCGCACUGAAGGAGAUCAGAGAGCACCAGAUAUCUAUUGAUUUUCAAGUUGGGCCCAUAGAGGAGUCCUAUGCCAUGCUCCAUAAGUAUGAACUGUCAGUGGCUAAAGAGGAGGCUGAAAAAGUGGAUACUCUGCGCUACACUUGGGAAAAGCUCUUGUCCCGGAGCACAGAGGUGCAGAACGAGCUGGUCGCCUUGCAGCCAAACUUCAGAGAAGAACUGGUCAGCAAUGUGGAGACCUUUCUGGAAGACUGCCAACACUUUUAUCAAGAUUAUGAAAAGGAUGGUCCCAUGGUUGUGGGACUUGCACCCCAAGAUGCCAGUGACCGGCUGAUCAUGUUCCAGAAUCGAUUUGACAACCUGUUCAGGAAGUACAUCACUUACACGGGAGGCGAAGAGCUCUUUGGACUUCCUGUUACCCAGCAUCCUCAGCUAUUGGAGAUUAGGAAGCAACUGGCUCUGCUGCAGAAGUUGUACGGCCUUUACAACAAUGUCAUCGAUACAGUUAAUGGCUACUAUGAUAUCCUCUGGGCUGACAUCUGCAUCGAGAAGAUUAAUAAUGAGCUGCUCGACUUUCAGACGAGGUGUCGAAAACUGCCUCGUGCUCUGAAAGAGUGGCAGGCCUUUCAGGAUCUGAAGAAAACGAUUGAUGAAUUCAGUGAGUGCUGCCCCCUGCUGGAACUCAUGACUAACAAAGCAAUGAUGGCCCGGCACUGGAAGAGGAUAACGGAGGUGACUGGCCAUACCUUUGAGGUGGAAACUGAUACAUUCAAGCUGCGUAACAUAAUGGAGGCUCCUCUACUCAAGUAUAAAGAAGAGAUUGAGGAUAUCUGCAUCAGUGCUGUGAAAGAGCGUGAUAUUGAACAAAAGCUGAAGCAAGUGAUCGCUGAGUGGGACAACAAGACUUUUACAUUUGCCAGUUUUAAGACCCGUGGGGAGUUGCUGCUGAGAGGAGACAGCACAUCAGAGAUCAUUGCCAGCAUGGAGGAUAGCCUAAUGAUCUUGGGAUCCCUUAUGAGCAACCGGUACAACACCCCAUUUAAAGCCCAGAUUCAGAAGUGGGUUCAGAAUCUCUCCAACACCACUGAUAUUAUCGAGCACUGGAUGACUGUCCAGAACCUGUGGAUCUAUCUGGAGGCUGUGUUUGUGGGUGGAGAUAUCGCCAAACAGUUGCCUAAGGAAGCAAAGCGUUUCUCUAACAUUGAUAAGUCAUGGGUGAAGAUCAUGAUGCGAGCCCAUGAAAUGCCCAAUGUGGUACAGUCAUGCGUGGGGGAUGAGACCAUGGGACAGCUGCUUCCACAUCUCCUCGAACAGCUGGAGAUCUGUCAGAAGUCUCUAACAGGUUAUCUGGAGAAGAAGCGUCUGCUGUUUCCUCGUUUCUUCUUUGUCUCUGAUCCUGCCCUGCUGGAGAUCCUGGGCCAGGCCUCUGACUCCCACACCAUCCAGGCCCACCUUCUCAAUGUCUUUGACAAUAUCAAGUGUGUCCAGUUUCAUGAAAAGAUAUAUGACCGCAUUCUGGCCGUGUCAUCACGCGAGGGAGAGACUGUGGAGCUGGAUCGUCCCGUCACAGCUGAAGGGAACGUGGAGGUGUGGCUCAAUGCUCUGCUGAAAGAAUCCCAGAGGUCUUUGCACCUUGUGAUCAGACAAGCUGCUCUGGCUAUCCAGGACUCUGGCUUCCAGCUAAUUGACUUCCUCAACUCCUUCCCAUCUCAAGUGGGGUUACUGGGUAUUCAGAUGAUUUGGACAAGGGACUCAGAAGAAGCUCUGACCAAUGCCCGAUACGAUCGUCGCAUCAUGUCCAAAACCAACCAGUUCUUCCUGGAUCUCCUUAACACCCUGAUUGACAUGACCACAAGAGACUUGGAGGCUGUGGAGAGGACCAAGUAUGAGACCCUCAUCACUAUUCAUGUCCACCAGAGGGACAUAUUUGAUGAACUGUGCCGGUUGCAUGUCAAAAGCUCCAGUGACUUUGAAUGGCUGAAGCAGUGCCGUUUCUACUUCAAUGAGGACUCAGACAAGAUGAUCAUCAACAUUACAGAUGUGGGCUUUGUCUACCAGAAUGAAUUCUUGGGGUGUACCGAAAGGCUUGUCAUUACACCUUUGACGGACAGGUGUUACAUCACUUUAGCCCAAGCUCUUGGUAUGAGUAUGGGUGGAGCACCUGCUGGUCCAGCUGGAACAGGAAAGACCGAGACCAUAAAAGACAUGGGUCGCUGUUUGGGAAAGUACGUUGUGGUCUUCAACUGCUCUGACCAGAUGGACUUCAGAGGCUUGGGGAGAAUAUUUAAAGGUCUGGCUCAGUCUGGUUCGUGGGGCUGUUUUGACGAGUUCAACCGCAUCGACCUCCCAGUUCUUUCUGUGGCAGCCCAGCAGAUCGCGAUAGUUCUCACCUGCAAGAAGGAACGUCGCAAAAAUUUUGUCUUCACAGAUGGAGACAAUGUGGACAUGAACCCAGAGUUUGGCAUCUUCCUUACCAUGAAUCCAGGUUAUGCAGGUCGUCAGGAGCUUCCUGAAAACCUGAAGAUCAACUUCCGCUCCGUGGCCAUGAUGGUUCCAGACCGUCAAAUCAUUAUUAGGGUAAAACUGGCCAGUUGUGGGUUUAUCAACAACAUGGAGCUUGCACGCAAAUUCUUCACGCUUUACAAGCUGUGCGAGGAGCAACUGUCCAAGCAGGUUCACUAUGAUUUUGGCCUGCGCAACAUUCUGUCAGUUCUGCGAACUCUGGGAGCAGCCAAGCGAGCCAACCCCAGUGAUACAGAGUCUACCAUUGUCAUGAGGGUUCUAAGGGACAUGAACCUUUCAAAACUGAUCGAUGAGGAUGAGCCACUUUUUCUGAGCUUGAUUGAAGACCUCUUCCCGGGCAUCCAACUUGACAAAGCGGGCUACCCUGAACUAGAAGCUGCCAUUGACAAACAGGUGGAGGAUGCAGGCCUAAUCAACCAUCCUCCUUGGAAGCUAAAGGUCAUCCAGCUGUACGAGACUCAAAGAGUCCGACAUGGCAUGAUGGCCCUGGGGCCCAGUGGGGCUGGAAAGACAACUUGUAUACACACGCUUAUGAAAGCUAUGACAGAAUGUGGUCAUUCUCACAGAGAGAUGCGCAUGAACCCCAAAGCCAUUACUGCACCUCAGAUGUUUGGCAGACUAGAUGUGGCCACAAAUGACUGGACUGAUGGCAUCUUCUCUACACUGUGGAGGAAAACACUGAGAGCAAAGAAAGGAGAGCACAUCUGGAUAGUGCUGGAUGGGCCAGUUGACGCCAUCUGGAUUGAAAACCUAAAUUCAGUUUUGGAUGACAACAGAACUCUUACACUCGCAAAUGGAGACCGAAUACCAAUGGCUCCCAACUGCAAGGUGGUAUUUGAGCCGCAUAACAUCGACAAUGCCUCUCCAGCCACCGUCUCACGCAAUGGCAUGGUGUUCAUGAGCUCCUCUGUGCUCACCUGGAUCCCCAUACUAGAGGGCUGGUUGAAGAAACGGUCCCCACAUGAGGCAGAGAUACUGAGAAAGCUCUUCUCUUCGUCUUUCUCCGAGCUCUACCGCUUCUGCGUGCAGUCACUAGAGUUCAAAAUGGACAUGCUAGAGGCCUUUGUAAUCAUGCAAUGCAUAAACAUGCUACAGGGACUCAUACCACCUAAGGAGCAGUGUGGCGAUUUAUCCAGAGAGUUCUUGGAGCGGCUUUAUGUCUUUGCACUAAUGUGGAGCGCUGGAGCCGUACUUGAACUGGAUGAUCGGAGGAAGAUGGAAAUCUGGCUUAGAGGAAACAAGAGUAUUCAUCUAAACUUGCCAGACAUUCCUCCUGACAGUGAGGACACCAUGUUUGACUACUAUGUCACAGCAGAUGGUCAUUGGGUCCAUUGGAACACCAGAGUGGAGGAAUACAUUUAUCCAUCUGAAUUCACACCAGAGUACAGCUCAAUUUUGGUCCCCAAUGUGGACAACGUUAGAACAGACUUCCUAACCCAGACUAUUGCAAAGCAAGGCAAGGCUGUUUUGCUAAUUGGAGAGCAAGGAACAGCCAAGACUGUUAUCAUCAAGAGCUACAUGUCAAAGUAUGACCCUGAGACCCACAUAGGCAAGAGUCUCAACUUCUCUUCUGCUACUACACCACUAAUGUUCCAGAGGUCAGUUGAGAGCUAUGUUGAUAAGAGGAUGGGGACCACUUAUGGACCGCCUGCUGGGAAGAAAAUGUCAAUUUUUAUAGAUGACAUCAACAUGCCUGUCAUCAAUGAGUGGGGAGACCAGGUGACUAAUGAGAUUGUCAGGCAGCUGAUGGAACAGAAUGGUUUCUUCAAUCGAAAACCUGGAGCGUUCACAAAUAUUGUGGAUGUUCAGUUCCUGGCAGCAAUGAUUCAUCCUGGAGGGGGCCGUAAUGACAUACCACAGAGACUGAAAAGGCAGUUCUCAAUCUUUAACUGCACGCUGCCCUCCAAUGCUUCGAUAGACAAGAUAUUUGGCGUGAUCGGUGAGGGCCACUUUUACACAGGACGUGGUUUUAGCGAGGAGGUCCAGAGCACUGUACCUCGUUUGGUUUCCCUCACGCGUCGUCUCUGGCAGCUGACUAAGGUCAAGAUGCUUCCGACUCCUGCAAAGUUCCACUACAUCUUUAACCUGAGGGAUCUCUCCAGGAUCUGGCAAGGCAUGCUCAGCACCAAUGCUGAAGUUGUCACCUCUGUCCAGACGUUGAUGGCACUUUGGAAACAUGAGUGCAAGCGUGUGAUAGCGGAUCGAUUCACGAUGCCUGAUGAUGUGGAGUGGUUUGACCAGGCUCUGGCAAAGCUGGUGGAAGAACAUCUUGGUGAAGAGCACAAGAAUAUGGUGGACUAUGUAGCAGAAAGAUAUUUUGUUGACUUCUUGCGAGAUGCCCCUGAGGCCACAGGGGAAGAACCAGAAGACUCAGACUUUGAUUUGCCCAAAGUGUACGAGCCUAUUGAAUCAUUUGAGACUUUAAAGGACCGUCUGAACAUGUUCCUAAGCCAUUACAAUGAAAGUAUUAGGGGUACUGGCAUGGAUAUGGUCUUCUUUCAGGAUGCUAUGAUACAUUUGGUCAAGGUGUCGAGGAUAAUCCGAACACCGGGAGGUAAUGCCCUGCUGGUGGGGGUUGGGGGUUCUGGCAAACAGAGCCUGACCAGAUUGGCCUCGUUCAUAGCUGGAUACAAGAUCUUCCAGAUCACGCUCACACGCUCAUACAAUACAUCCAACCUGAUGGAUGACCUGAAGAGUUUGUACAGAACAGCUGGCCAGCAUGGAAAAGGCAUCAGCUUCAUCUUUACUGACAACGAAAUAAAAGACGAGUCCUUCUUGGAGUACAUGAAUAAUGUGCUGUCAUCUGGAGAGGUCAGCAGCACACACAAGGAGAAAAGAUUCCAAAUAAUCCGUAUUCAUA